UGGCUCCAAGCUGGGCUCAGCCCCGGCAGCCCUUCUUUGCCGAGGGCGAGGCGCCCCCUCUUUGGAGAUGAGGGGGCGAGCCCCGUUGGGAAAACGCUAGCGAGGAAGCGGCGGGGGCGCGCGCGCCUGGCUGCGGCUCCGAGGCGGUGCGGCUCUCGGUGGCGCCCUCCUGGCUACUCCUGCUCCGCCGACUGGAUCGCCCUCCUUCCCUGCCCCCCCCUCCGCCCCCCCCCGCACCUGGGGUGCCCUCCCUGUUCUUCGCCGCCGCUCAGGCUCUUCUGCAGCCGGCAGCUGCUGUGCCUGGCUGGGCGCACCGAAAGCCGCCGCCGCGUCGUCUCCCUCCUGCGCGGGCGCUCGCUUCGCCUUUGUCCCUUUCGGGCUGUAGGACCUGCCCCCGCGUGGCUAUUGCUGGAGCUCCAUUCUCUCUCUCUCUGCCCCCCACCCCCUCCCCGUUGCACAGGCAGGCCAGCCUCUCUCCCUCUCCUCCCCUCCCCCGUGCAUCUGUGCCUGGUGUGCUGCUGAAGUGCCAGCAGAGAGGAGGGGGAGAGGGGUGGCCGUGGAGGCUGCAGCCCAAACAGCCGGUGUUUCACGGGGGAGGCACUGCGGACAAUGCCCAGCAGCUCUGGGGAGCCUCUGCCUUCCUCCUCCUCCUCCUCUCCUGCUUGGGCACUGACAGGAUUGCACGUGCGGCAGCCGCAAUGAAGGCAGCAGGAGCCAGGCAGCAUUCAGCGGCGGCGGCGUGAGGAGGUUUCUGCCGCCACCGCAAAAUGAACAUCUCUUUAGACAGUGGUGGCAGCGGCAGCAGCAACCACAGUAGUGGCGGCGGCAGUGGCAGCAGCAGGUCCUUCUGUCUUCUGGCCUCUGGCUACCCGGAGACCCUGGACAUCUGCCUCUUGGAGGCAAUUGUCAUCGUCUUCCUCACGGUCCUCAUCAUCUCGGGAAACGUCAUUGUCAUCUUUGUCUUCCACUGCGCGCCGCUGCUCAACCACCACACCACCAGCUACUUCAUCCAGACCAUGGCCUAUGCCGAUCUCCUGGUGGGCGUGAGCUGCCUGGUGCCUUCGCUGUCCCUGCUGCACUACCGUGUCACCUUCCUGCCCGAGUCCGUGGUCUGCAAAGUCUUUGGCUACGUGGUCUCUGUCCUCAAGAGCGUCUCCAUGACCUCCCUGGCUUGCAUCAGCGUCGACCGGUACAUCGCCAUCACCAAGCCCCUGACCUACAACACCUUGGUCACCCCCUGCCGGCUCCGGGUCUGCAUCCUGCUUAUCUGGCUGUAUUCAGGUGCCGUGUUCCUGCCUGCUUUCUUUGACUGGGGGAAGCCCAGCUACCACGGGGAUGUCUUCCAGUGGUGUGCCGACCUGUGGGAGACCUGGGCUGUCUUCACUCUCUUCAUCGUUGUCAUGCUGUAUGCACCAGCUGCCUUUGUGGUCUGCUUCACCUAUUUCAGCAUCUUCCGCAUCUGCCAGCAGCACACAAAGGAGAUCAACGAGAGGCGAGUGCGGUUCAGCUCCCAGGAAGGGGAGGCGGCCGAGGCCCAGCCCUGCCCAGACAAGCGCUACGCCAUGGUUCUCUUGCGGAUCACCAGCGUCUUCUACGUCCUUUGGCUCCCCUACAUAAUUUACUUCCUUUUGGAGAGCUCCUCCGUUUACCGCAACCGUGCGGCCUCCUUCUUGACCACCUGGCUUGCCAUCAGCAACAGCUUUUGCAACUGUGUCAUCUACAGUCUGUCCAACAGUGUCUUUCAGAAAGGUUUGAAGCGCCUCUCUGGCGCUGUUUGCACCUCUUGCGCCAGGCACCAGGCAGCAAAGGAUUCCUUGGCUUCAAGGAGCAAAAGACCUUCCAACGGGUGUCAUGCGUAAGAUAUGGAUUGCUUCGACUGCAAAAAUGGAUUUAAAAUGUCCAGGUUUGCAAAAAAACCCACCACCAACCCAAAAACUUUUUUCUGAGAAAUGCUGCUGAUCUGGAAGUACCAGGGAUUUCCACAAGCAUGUGCACAAGCGUGUUUGGGGUUUCACUUGACAAAUGUCCUCAUGGGAGGAGGGGGUAGCGACCUAGUAUCCGUGUUUUAAGGAAGGAGAACUUUUCCUCCUUCUUUUCCUACUUGGAGUGACUGGUGACGGUGGACCUGCAAGAGCUCUGCCAAAAGAGACGCUUGGAUUCUUCCUUACAGCUCCAUUAGGGUGUUUUUGGAGAUCCUUGUUCCUGGGAAUGUGGGAACGUGUAAAUGGUCUGAUGGUGUAUUCCCUGAUUCUUUUGUUGUUGUUUGUUUUCUGUGCUUAUGCCAAAGUAUAUUUCAGAAUCUUAAGAGAGGGGCCAAGCAGUAGUCUUCCUGCCCCCAUCCCCAUCCCAUUUUUCCUUAGGCCUAUAAGCAGAUAAUGUAAACACUUUUAACAUUUGGAUUUGUCGUGCAGUAAGCCAGUGAUGCAGCCACGCCGCACGUGAUCGACCAGUCUUCAGUGAUCGACCAGUGAUCGACCAGCCCCCCCCCCCAAUGCUUUCUACAGAAGCUGUUCUCGUUCUGGGUGCCCUGUUAGAAUGUUCAUUUGUGAUUUAGAGUACAGUAUUUGCAUUUUUUUAAAAAAAGAAAUUGUGUAGUAAAUGGGAUGUCUUUGAAGCAGAUCAAAUUUAGCAGUUGAAUAAAGUAUUUUCUUUUUUUUUCUUUUUUUUAAAUGAGCAGAGAAAAUAUAUUGUCCUUCUCUUGGUCUGGAUUUGUAGGCGACAGUUGGAGAAUGGAGCAAAGUCAUGAAGGGUUAUUUUGGAAAUAGUGGAACGCACUCAAUUUUUUUGUUUUGAAGAAAUUUCUCAAAAUGAACUUUUAAAAAAUGCUGUUUAAAAAUUGAAUUCUUCCCUAAACACUGCAUACUAAUAGCUUUAGUAGAAAAAAGAGAGAAGCAGUGGACUCUUAAAUAAGUGUGUAUUGUGAUUUGUUUUUUUAAACAAAAUCACAAUAUUGAAUUUCCAAUAGGGAAACUGCAAAAGUAGAAGUUCCUCCCUCCCACUAGGGAAGGUGGGUUUGGAUGUCUGUUCAAAAACAGCAGGUGCUGAUUGCAUUUCUGGUUUACCUGAAGGAAGAGGAAUGGGUUCAGCGAAUUUGCCUGAAGGUGUGUUGUGGUUGCAUGUCCUUUGUGCCCGCGCCUGAGGAAAGCAGUGUGCUCUUGAAACUAAUAAAUGUUCUGGGAACAAUACUCCCUGUCGCCUCUGUCACACUCUCGGUGGUGCUUUGGCAUAAAAAGUAGGGGUUCUUUUGAGAGAGACCUGUUAUAUAGAAAAUGGGCCACAGCUUAUAUGAUGGU